AUGUCGACAAAGAUGUAUCUCUUCAUGCUUGUUGUUUCUACUAUCACUCUUACGUCCAUACUUGCGGCCGACAACCCGCCACCACAAAAGAAUCCAUACCCACAUACGGCCUCAGCAAAAAUCAAUAACGGUGCUGGCAUUCAGGUUACCAUCGAUUUUGCGAAAGUGCCCAAAGAGAAUCGUCCGCCAGAGACCUCUCAUUUCAAGGCUGACAGACCAUUAACUAGUGUGACGGUCAAGUAUGCUGGAUUGGAAGCUGGAAAAGACUAUACCUACUUCAUUCACGAGAAACCGGUUACCGGGACUGAUUGCAGUACUGCCGGGGAUCGCUUGGAUCCAAGGAAAGUUAACUCAGCAAAAGAUCCAAAUUUCCAUUGUGAUCGCCACAGACCAUCUCGGUGUGAAGUAGGGGAUUUGUCCGGAAAGCAUGGUGUUUUGAAAGGCAACGGUCAGACAGAAACCCCGCUCCCCGUAUACUACGAUGCCAAUCUCGCAUUGACAUAUUCUCGAAGAGGAAUCCUGGGCAAAAGUAUUGUGAUUGUCGAUCCAACUAAUAAAGCAGUUGCUUGUGGUAACGUGGUAGAUCCAACUGCCCCUGGUACUGCUUGA